AUGUAUUCCAAAGCCUUAUUCUUCAUUCAGCAAAUAGUGCAUGAGAUUAUUUUCUCAAGAAUUGCAGCAGCAACUACUUCGAAGCGGGUAUGGACAACUUUGCAAACUGAGUUUCAAGGCCAAUCCAAAUUAAGUAAUAGCCGUGAAGGUCCAAACUCUAUUGUUUUAAGGGGUCUUACUCCUAAGUUUGAUCACGUUGUAGCUGCAAUUGAGGAGUUCGAGGACCUAUCAGCCUUUUCAUUUGAUGAAAAGCAUGAAGAAAGGAUGAACAGGAUAACUGAAAAACACGAAGAAAAAGCCUUUCCAGGGAAGGGGUGUGCACCUCAAUUGAAUCUGGUAAGGCAGCAGGAAGAGGACGAUGCAGUGAUGUUUUCAUGGAAAAGGCGGUCGUGGGCAAAGGUUAUGACCAACGACAUUACAAUGAGCAGAAAGAUUAUUCAACGUUACUUGCAAAAAAAAAAAAAAAAAAAAAAAAAGUACUUGGAAACACUCCCGGAUCUCUCUUCGGCUCCAAACCUAGAGAGGAUUCUUCUUUCAAAUUGUAAAACAUUGAGCCAAAUUCCCUUAUCCAUUCAGUGUCUGCACAACCUUGUUUCUCUUAAUCUGAGAGGUUGUGAGAAGCUGAGGAGUCUUCCAAGACUUGCUCAGUUGGGCUCUCUUAGGAUUCUUUUUCUUAAAGGGUGCUCAAAUUUGCAGAUGCUUGUAGAUAUUCCAAGAGGACUAAAGAUCUUAGUAUUAGGGGAAUGUGGCUUAGAAGAGUGGUUCCAAGAGGAUGGACUUGUCUGCAAUCUUCAAGUCAUAGACGUACAGAACUGCAAAAACCUUAGAAGUCUUCCAAGUGGUGAUUUUUUGAAUUCUAUUAAGGAACUUAGUCUUAAGGGUUGUUCAAGUCUUAGUAAGCUCCCAGAGAAUAUAGGAAAUAAUAUAACAAAGUUAGAUUUAAGUUAUACUAUGAUAGAAGAUUUGUCAUCAACAAUUUUGCGUCUCUCUUCUCUUUAUCAUUUAGAUAUGCAAGGGUGUAAAAGGCUCAAGAGUCUAUCGAGCAGCAUUUGUCAAUUGAAAUCCCUUAAAAUUGUUAAUCUCAGAGACUGUUCAAAGCUUGGCAAACUGCCUGAUUUACAUGGUUUGUGCUCUUUAAGAGAACUUCGUCUAGACACCGCACUGCACUUGUAG